GUCCUAGUACGUUUCUAUACAGGUUCUGGGGUUUCUAGAUCCAGGCCGUUUCCUGCCCUGAUGCAUGGUGGUCGGACGGAGGAAUUGUUGGAAAAUUUCAGAGGCUCCUAUAAAAGGGAUACGGUUUUUCAUAUCAAGUCCAUAAGUGGUUGCCAGAAGCUGUCCCCUUUUCAGAUUCCCUUGACAAAAAAAAAAUCAACAUUCUUUCAGGUGAACUAUGUUAUUGGCUCAGAUAAACCGUGAUUCCCAAGGGAUGGCAGAGUUUCAGGGAGGUGAUGGUCAGCAUGUUACUCUGUGUUUGGCUGAAGCUGUUUCGGUAGCAGAUGGGGAUCAAUUAGAACACAUGGAUGGUGUCAGUUUGCAAGCUGUUACACUUUCAGAUGGUUCUACUGCAUUUAUCCAGCAUAGUCCCAAAGGUGGAAAAUUUGUGGAUGGACAAGUGAUUCAGCUGGAGGAUGGCUCUACUGCUUAUGUCCAGCAUGUUUCAAUGCCCAAGUCUGAAGGUUUUCGACUAGAGGAAGGGCAGGCAGUUCAGCUGGAAGAUGGAACAACAGCUUUUAUUCAUCACCCAAAAGAGACUUAUGACCAAAGUGCUCUGCAGGCUGUUCAACUUGAAGAUGGCACCACUGCCUACAUUCACCAUGCUGUGCAAGUCCCACAGUCGGAUACUAUCCUGGCUAUCCAAGCAGAUGGAACAGUAGCAGGUCUUCAUACGGGGGAAGCAACAAUUGAUGCAGAAACUAUUAGUGCAUUAGAGCAGUAUGCAGCAAAGGUAUCUGUAGAGGGAAGUGAUGGUAUCAGCAGCUCAGGAAUGGUGGUAGAAACUGAUCCAGACAAAAAAAUGCAGAUUGUUCUGCAGACACACGAUCCAGGUAGAUUAACAGUUAAGCCCCAGCAGAUCGGUGAGAAGGCUUUCCGUUGUGAUUAUGAUGGGUGUGGGAAGCUGUACACAACAGCACAUCAUCUAAAGGUUCAUGAAAGGUCACAUACUGGAGACAGGCCAUAUCAGUGUGACCACCCUGGGUGUGGUAAAGCAUUUGCUACAGGUUAUGGUUUAAAAAGUCAUGUCAGAACACAUACUGGUGAAAAGCCAUAUCGUUGCACAGAAGAGAACUGUACCAAAUCAUUUAAAACUUCAGGAGAUCUUCAAAAACAUAUCAGAACACAUACAGGUGAAAGACCCUUUAAGUGUCCUUUUGAAGACUGUGGUAGAUCUUUCACAACAUCUAAUAUUAGAAAAGUUCAUAUAAGAACACACACCGGUGAAAGACCGUAUUACUGCACAGAACCAGGUUGUGGACGAGCAUUUGCCAGUGCGACAAAUUAUAAAAAUCAUGUGAGGAUACACACAGGGGAGAAGCCAUAUGUAUGUACAGUUCCAGGCUGUGAUAAACGUUUCACAGAGUAUUCCAGUCUAUAUAAACACCAUGUUGUACACACACAUUCAAAACCAUAUAACUGCAAUCACUGUGGGAAAACAUACAAACAGAUUUCUACACUGGCUAUGCAUAAACGAUCGGCACAUAAUGACACCGAACCAAUUGAAGAAGAACAAGAAGCCUUCUUCGAUGAAAGUCAGACAGUUGGCCCUAAUGAUGAACUCUUGAAAGGACAACAGAUAACGUAUGUAACUGAUAUGGAAACAGAUGAGGGAAUCCCUACUCAGGUAUCUGCUGUAAACCAGUCUGGACUGGGUCAUCAAGUAGAACUUGUUACGCAAGAGGGUACCCAGCAGGUCAGUAUAUCUCAAGCUGAUAUGCAGGCUAUUAGUAAUACUAUUACUAUGGUAACUCAGGAUGGUGCUACCAUCACAGUCCCAGCACAUGAUGCAGUCAUUUCAUCUGGGGGAACGCAUUCUGUAGCAAUGGUGACAACAGAAGGCAUUGAUGGACAGCAGGUUGCAAUAGUAACUCCUGACCUAACGACAUUCCAGACCACGUCAAGUGAUGUCAUACACCAUCAGCUUGAUCACCAUCUUGUAACAACAGAAGCCAGGCCGGUAACACUGCUAGCUACAUCAAAUGGCACUCAGAUUGCAGUGCAGACAUAA